AUGAUUAUCGGUGCCUCUUGGCUAUUUGGAGAGAUAUUUCUCCUGUUUCCUCGCUUUCCUGACCUCCCCUCAGCCACUUAUGUAACCAAGCUGGACUUUCUUUUUGACACUGACAUUGACUCUGAGAUCACCAAAAAGAAGUUCGACCCACAGACGCUGAUGGCGGCCACGCUGGCAGUGUGUGGAGUCGGCUUUUUGGAGUUGGCUGGCUCGCAGCAAUUCGUGAUAGGUUACAUCCGCUUAGAAGAGAUCAUGCAAGAUUCCCCUAAAGAUGCCCUGCCGGUCACAGCGGCUGGGAUUGCACUUUGUUGGGGUAAAGACGGUAAAGCUCUUGCUUGGUACACCGGUACACCAUGGUACACCUUUGCCUUCCACACUUAA